UCUAGCAGCCGCAGGAGCGAUCGUGUGGUUAGAUCGGAUCGGUUCGGAUCGGUUCGGGUCGGGUCGGAUAGAAUGUGUGGUUUAUAACGUGGAGAGGUUAUUAAGCCAUGGUUGAAUGUUGUGGGCAGUGUGGAAGAUUGUUUUGGUGAGAGCUCUGCACUGGUAACAGUACUGACAGUAGUGCAGGAUCAUGUUUGGGUGUUUGGUUGCAGGCAGACUGGUGCAGACAGAUGCCCAGCAGGUUACCAGUGACAAGUUUGUGUUCAACCUACCUGACUAUGAAAAUGUGAACCAUGUGGUGGUGUUCAUGCUGGGCACAGUGCCUUUCCCUGCUGGGAUGGGUGGUGCCGUUUACUUCUCCUUCCCCGAUUCUGUAGCUGGCCAGGUGUGGCAGCUCCUGGGCUUCAUAACCAAUGAAAAGCCAAGUGCCAUAUUCAAAAUAUCUGGUUUAAAAGCUGGUGAGGGUGGGAGUCAUCCAUUCGGCAUGAUGGCUGCCUCCCAGGCCUCAGUGGCUCAGGUUGGUGUUUCCAUCGAGCCUCUUGACCAGCUUGCCCAACAGACACCCGUUUCUAACUCGGCCGUCUCCACCAUGGAUUCCUUCACACAGUUUACACAGAAGAUGCUGGAGAGUUUGUACAACUUCACCUCGUCCUUCGCUCUGUCACAGGCUCAGAUGACACCAAACCCCUCUGAGAUGUUUGUUCCUGCCAGCUCCAUUCUGAAAUGGUAUGAAAACUUUCAAAGACGAAUGGCGCAGAAUCCAAACUUCUGGAAGACAUGACAUGCUUUUUCAUCUGAGUAAUUAUCUGAAGGAGGAGCAGAACAUUGACAUGUAUUCAGAUUUAGGAAACGCCCUUUUAUGUUUGAGACUUUGCAGGAUUUCUGGACAGUUUUACUGAACAGCAAGAAGAAUGUCACUGAAAUGCAUUACUGAUGCAGUGAAUAUUAAGGGGUUGUAAUUUGAGUGGUUGAUGGACUGCAGAUCUUCAACCGUAUUGUUUAUAUUGUCUUAUGUGCUAAAGAUACGCUAAAGAAAAAAUGCAGUAAGUUGAGCAAUCUUUAUCCCUAAUGUGUUCUUUAAAUGCUUUCAACGCUGGCAAAGGCUUAAUGUAGGGGUCUGAUAGUGGUGGUUUUUCUUUGUCAGUUAUGAUCCUAAAUGGAAAAAAUAAAUGUUUCCUGUUUUUAUUUUCCUUUUUUAAUGGAAUCAUGUUAAACAUAACAAAAAUCUAAUGAAAAGGAUAUAAAAAUGAAGAUCCAAUUACUUAAAGGAGCCCUGAGUAAUGUUUCCCAAAACAACAGCAUUCUUAGUGCUCUUAUAUUUAUGUUAACAUUUACAUACACUUAUAAUGGACAUGUAUGUCACUGGCAGAAAUUAAAUUUCAUUGAUUUUUACA